AUGAUCAAGCCCGGCUUGAUUGUAUUACGCUUCGUCGUGCAGCCCGACUGCACGCGAGCGCGCAAAACUAUCGACUUCUUUCCUUCGCUGUUUCGCUCCUCCGAUAGAAGGGUAAACGUGAACAAGGCUCGCGACUGGAGGAAGAAGCGUGUUGACCCAGCUAAAAGCCUAGAGGACCCUAAGCAGCUCAAGUAUGCGAGUGGAAGACAACGUAUCCGACAUGUAUUCGUCAGACUGCGGCGAGCUGGUGUCAAGCUCUCGAACCAGCUUGUCGCUGAAAUUGGCGUCGUCCUCAUUGAGGAUAGCGAGCACCCAUGCUUCAGCCCUCGCUUCACUGUCAAGAACAAGCCAUUUUCGAGUCUUCUGACUUCUCGUCGCGUUCAAGACGUCUUGGAGCGAUACAACAUCGGCUACAGGAGACACAAGGGCAAGAAUCAGGUCUGCGUAAAAAACAACAGGCUCAGAUCGACAUAUCUAUAG